CCUUUCUCUUGCCCUUCUUCUUCAGCAAAUUCCUAAAAGGGUCACCGGUUAGUCCGGUCACUUAAAAUCCAGUUCACGUCUUUCUCACUCGGUCGUACCUCCGUCUCUCUCUCUCUCUCUCUCUAGGUUGCUGCUCUGUCGCUUGAUUCUCCUCUGAGUUUUGCUCUGUUUCUCACUGUGUGAUCUCCGAUCUUCUAGGCAUUCACUUGUAACAAUGAAGGCUGCCAAAGGUAAGUCGGCAGCAAACAAGAUUUCAAAAGAGGCGUUGAAGCCUGUUGACGACAGAAAGGUCGGGAAGAGAAAAGCUGUCAUCAAGGCAGAUAAGAGUAGCAAAAGAAAUACCAAGAAGGAAAAUUUGGCCAAGAAAGACCCCAACAAGCCUAAGAGGCCGCCCAGUGCCUUCUUUGUAUUCCUUGAGGAGUUUAGAAAGACUUUCAAGAGAGAAAACCCACUUGUGAAAGCUGUCUCAGCUGUCGGUAAAGCUGGUGGAGAGAAGUGGAAAUCCAUGUCUGCAGCAGUAAGUACUCAAAAAAGCAUUUCUUAAAAGUAAAUAGAACCAGCCUGGAUGUAUGUUAGAAAAAAAAGAUGACCAGUUUUUUAAUUGGUUGGUUUCUUUGACCCGAAAUUCUUGGAUUUUGUUUGCCAAUACACUGCAAAGG